GUGAAAGGAAAACCACCACGUGUCUUUCUGUGCACCAGCAACAUGAUUCUGUGGACAACAUGGCCUCUCCUUAUAGGCACACUACUCUCAAUUCAAGGUGGCUCAAAAGCUCAGGACUGUGGAAUGGCGGCGUCCAACACGAGGAUAGUCGGGGGUGUGAAUGCCUCGGCGGGCUCGUGGCCUUGGCAAGUCAGCGUUCACUACAUAGGGUCGCACAUUUGCGGCGGGACCGUGAUCAGCAGGGACUGGGUGCUCUCGGCAGCCCACUGCAUUAUAAGUGCUGGAGUUGUUCCAUGGAAACUGUACUUUGGAAGGCUGACUCAGAGUGGUCUAAACCCUAAUGAGGUCUCACGCACAGUGGCUCAGGUCAUCGUUCAUCCUGACUACAACAACAGUACCUUUGAAAAUGACAUUGCCCUCUUCAGGCUGAGUAGUCCCAUCACUUACACUAACUACAUCCAACCUGUCUGUAUGGCGAGCAACACCAGUCAGUUCCACAGUGCCACAAAGUGCUGGGGCACAGGCUGGGGCAGGCUGGGGAGUGAUCAGCCAAAUGUAGGGUAUGACAUGCUGCAAGAAGUUGAGAUUCCAGUGGUUGGAAACAAGCAAUGUGCCUGCAACUACAACUUGGUGCCACAUAGCAUUACCAGCAACAUGCUGUGUGCCGGGGAGGAGGGCAGAGGAAUAUGCCAGGGGGAUUCUGGUGGACCUUUGCAAUGUAAACAAGGCUCAAGAUGGAUCCAGGCAGGCAUUGCCAGUUUUGGCGUACCCUGCGCCAACAAAGGAUUCCCGGAAGUCUUUGCCCGUGUGCCGUAUUUUCAGAGCUGGAUCACAGCGCAAGUGUCAGGGGCAAACAUUAACUUUGUGACCCACACCCAGACUGGUAACGACACAGACAGCAACUUUGUGUGCGAAGACAACUCUGCAACCAAAGCAAGUCUUUCAGGCCUUAGUCUCUUGCUCCUCCUGCUGUUUGUUCAGGCACUGUAACCAACGGCAACUUGUUUUGAUACUGCACUGCACAACACAUGCAGCCUAUUGCUCCUUUCCCCUCCACAAUUUAGCACUUGAUCAUAUGGCAAAAAAGUUGAAUACUGUACAUCAAAAUGAUAGAUUUUUUUAUUUGAAGCACUUUGUGAACUUUUAAUUAUUUUUGCUCUGUACUUUACCUGCAAUUAUUCCGUCCACAUGCCACACGCACACCAACAUGCAUUAAAGUCAACAGCUGGACCAUGAGCAUAAUGUAACAGUGAACAUGUCCACAGCAGGUUUUUAAGCAAUCCCUUCAGUUUUUUAUUUCCGUUUCACUUAAAAUACUACACACUGAAAUGACAGGAUUGGCUUCUCGACUAGCGCGUCAUAGCUCGUAUGUGUUAGUAGGAUUUCUAAGACAAACUGAACAGUCCAGCUGCCAUCGAUUAACGGCCCUGAGAAUACAGUGACUAUGAUGAAUGUUAACAUCCAUGGACUAUUAGUCAAUUCAGGCAGGACUACCUCAAUGUUUUGGCCUCAACAACUCGAAUAAACAGUUAUUUAUCUUGACUU